AUGCUCAGCAGGAACGACAAGCAGGAGAAGCUGCUACUCUCCAUCUUGCCGCGGUUCGUGGCUCUGGAAAUGAUCAGAGACAUCUCGCGGAGUGACCAGGAACCGUCGCCUACGGGCGCACCUGCUGAAGGCCAGUUCCACAAGAUUUACAUCCACCGCUGCGAAAAUGUCAGCAUCCUGUUCGCAGACAUCGUCGGCUUCACUGCGCUGGCGUCCCUCUGCAGCGCCAACGAGCUCGUCAAGCUUCUCAACAGGCUGUACGCCCGCUUCGACCACAUCGCCCACGUAAGAGGAGCGGACGCCGCGCGCGCCGCCGUACAGUGUCCGGCCUCACCGCGCCCCACGGCUCUUGAUUGCCUACAUCGCGUGAUGGACACCCGUCGUUCUGGCAGGUGCCUGUGCGCUGGUCUGUGCGCCGGCUGGGCGGACGCGGACACAUUCAGCGCCCAGCUGCGGAUGAUGUGGUACAGCCUGAUGGUGGUCUACAUGACGUACGCGCUGAUGCCGCUGCCGCUGCGGCUCUGCGUGCUGCUCGGCUCGCUGACAGCCGCCAUCCACGUCAGCCUGCUGCUCGUGCUCGCCUCGAACCCGUACUGGUAG